GAAAUAUAAAUAGUGAACCUUCGUUCUGUUCUAUUAUUUUUCUUUUUCAUUCGUUAACAUUACAUAUUCUAGUCUUUGAAGAUACUGUUUCUUCUUAUCCUUCUAUAGCAGAAUUAAAUUUCAAAUCAAUUAUAUAAACUUACCUUAUCUAUUGAAACUUUCUGUAACUUAUAUCUAUAUAAACGAUGAAUACAACACUAAGGGUGGAAGAUAUCAAAUAUGAAGACCUCAACCAGGAAUCACAAGCUUAUUUCAGACAUACAGCCACAACCAUUGUCUACAUGGGCAUUUGCUGGACUUGUUGUGUAUGGCAGAUUAUGACCGCUACCGAACUAGCAUAUAAAGUACGCAAAGGACUACAUUUUGCCGUUGUUUUUGAGACAGUGCUUGCCUUUGUCGUGAUAACGUGUAGUGUCCUAAAUCCUUUAACGCCUGUGAGCUGUGAAGUGAGGUUCUGGAUCUCUAUUAUUGCGGUAAAUUUAGGUGGUUGCUGUAUUCAAACUAUUUUGCUAUACAAAGCGUAUAUUUGUUAUGAUCGUUCGACAUGGUUGCUCGUGAUUGGAUCCAUUAUCAAUACUGGCUAUAUUGGUUUGACGAUUGUCUACGCUCUUUGGGGACAAGUACCUACGUAUAAAGACAUCAUAGGAAACUGUGUGAUGUAUAAUUUAGAAUGGCCAGCAUUAGCUAAAUUAGGGUUGGAUAUUGCAAGUAAUGCUUUUUUAACUCUCGCUUUUGUUCUGGUUAUUUAUCGACACUAUAAGGCUUUUGGAAAUAACUUGCAUAAGUCACUUUUAUCUGGUGGUAUUAUCUUCUCGCAUUUUUCUUUUUCAACCUCGUAGAGUCGGCGUUAUUGCCUCCAAUAUCCUCACGGCCAUUCUGAUAUCUGCACGAGCAAUGGGCGGGCUAUCGGCUGACUUGUACUCUUUUGACUGUAAGUGAAUACCAUUUUAAAUAAGAUAUUGCACAUCCAGCUU